CGGGGAGGGAGGGACAGCGCGGGAGCGCGCCCGCCGCGGCUUUUCUCGCCGGGCUGCCGAGCGGGCAGCAGCAGCAGCAAGAGCGCGAGUACCCCCUUGACCCUCUUCUCCCGGGCGGAGGGGCCGCACCUUCCCGCAAGGCAGUAACAUAAAGACCUGUCAUACAGGAGAUAAGAAAAGGAGGAAAAGUAAAAAGAGAGACCAACUUUCUCAGAAGUUAUUUGUACAAAGGAUCAAUAUUUCGAGAUGUGUGAAGGAGAGGGGUCUAACUGAAAAGCUGCCUUGAUACACUGUUAUUCUGACUAUGACUGGAUUGACUGAAAAUUGCCUCAACGAGUAAGAUUUCUUGUCUAUACUUACAUAACUGCUGCAAGCUAUCUAAUCUUAUGAAGUUGAACUUCAUUCUUCAAGUGUGAUUUACUCAGUACAGCCUAAAACCAUGAUGAAAAAGAUGAGCAUACCUACAAGCAAAACUUCCCUGGUCCUCUUUCUGUGCCAAAUUAUUUCUGCACUGGAUGUACCUCUUGACUCAAAACUUCUAGAAGAAUUGUCACAACCUCCUACGAUAACUCAGCAAUCUCCAAAAGAUUACAUUGUUGACCCUCGAGAGAAUAUUGUAAUACAGUGUGAAGCCAAAGGAAAGCCACCUCCUAGCUUCUCCUGGACACGCAAUGGAACUCAUUUUGAGAUAGAUAAAGAUGCACAGGUAACAAUGAAACCAAAUUCAGGGACUCUUGUCAUAAAUAUUAUGAAUGGUGGGAAGGCAGAAGCGUAUGAGGGAGUUUACCAGUGCACAGCAAGGAAUGAACGAGGAGCAGCCAUUUCCAACAACAUCGUUAUAAGGCCUUCUAGGUCGCCUUUGUGGACGAAAGAGAAGCUAGAACCAAAUCACGUUCGUGAGGGUGAUUCACUAGUACUGCACUGCAGGCCUCCUGUUGGCUUACCACCACCUAUCAUAUUUUGGAUGGAUAAUGCUUUCCAAAGGCUGCCUCAAAGUGAAAGAGUUUCCCAAGGUCUAAAUGGAGAUCUUUAUUUUUCUAAUGUACAACCAGAAGACACUCGGGAGGACUAUAUCUGCUAUGCAAGAUUUAAUCAUACACAAACUAUACAGCAGAAACAACCCAUAUCUGUAAAAGUCUUUUCAAUGGAUUCAUUGAAUGACACUAUAGCUGCUAAUUUGAGUGACACUGAUAUUUAUGGUGCAAAGCCAGUUACAGAAAGGCAGCCAGUUCUUCUAACACCAACAGGUAGCACAAGUACCAAAGUGGAGCUCAGAGGAAAUGUGCUUUUGUUGGAGUGCAUCGCAGCAGGAUUGCCCACACCGGUAAUCCGCUGGAUCAAAGAGGGUGGGGAGCUGCCAGCCAACAGAACAUUUUUUGAAAACUUUAAGAAAACUCUCAAGAUUAUAGAUGUUUCUGAAGCUGACUCGGGGAACUACAAAUGUAUAGCAAGAAAUACAUUAGGUUCAGUUCAUCAUGUCAUUUCAGUAACUGUGAAAGCUGCUCCAUACUGGCUAACAGCACCCAGAAAUUUGGUCUUGUCUCCUGGAGAAGAUGGAACAUUGAUCUGCAGAGCUAAUGGCAACCCAAAGCCCAGUAUAAGCUGGUUAGCAAAUGGUGUUCCCAUAGCAAUUGCCCCAGAAGAUCCUAGCAGAAAGGUGGAUGGUGACACCAUUAUUUUCUCACACGUGCAAGAAAGGUCAAGUGCUGUCUAUCAGUGCAAUGCCUCUAAUGAAUAUGGAUACUUGCUAGCAAAUGCAUUUGUGAAUGUUCUGGCUGAGCCACCAAGAAUUCUAACCCCUGCUAAUAAACUGUAUCAAGUCAUCGCAGACAGCCCCGCAUUGCUAGACUGUGCUUAUUUUGGGUCACCUAAGCCUGAAAUUGAAUGGUUUAAGGGAGUGAAAGGUAGCAUCUUGCGUGGAAAUGAGUACGUUUUCCAUGAUAACGGAACCCUGGAGAUUCCGGUGGCUCAGAAGAAUAGUGCUGGUACAUACACAUGUGUAGCAAGGAAUGAGUUAGGAAAGGUACAAAAUGAGGUGCAUUUGGAAAUAAAAGAUCCAACAAUGAUCAUUAAACAGCCAGAAUACAAAGUGAUUCAGAGAUAUGGCCAUGUUUCUUUUGAGUGUAUAAUAAAACAUGAUUCUACCUUGCUACCAACAGUUACAUGGUUGAAGGACAAUGAUGAACUGCCAGAUGAUGAAAGGUUUCUAGUUGGUAAAGACAACUUGACCAUUAUGAAUGUAACUGAUAAAGAUGAUGGAACAUACACUUGCAUAGUUAAUACUACUCUGGACAGUGUUUCAGCAAGUGCUGUGCUUACUGUUGUUGCUCAGCCAAAUCCACCCUUUGACUUGGAAUUGACAGGCCAGCUAGAAAGAAGCAUUGACCUGUCAUGGAUACCAGGAGAUGAAAACAACAGCCCCAUUACAAACUUUGUAAUUGAGUACGAAGACGCGCUGCAUGAACCGGGAGUGUGGCAUUACCAGACGGAAGUCCCUGGCACUCAGACAACCGUGCAGCUGAAGCUGUCUCCAUAUGUCAACUACUCCUUCCGUGUGAUUGCUGUCAAUAAGAUUGGCAGGAGUCAGCCAAGUGAACCAUCUGAGCAGUACCUGACAAAAUCUGCAAGCCCUGAUGAAAAUCCUGCUAAUGUACAGGGGAUAGGCUCAGAACCUGAUAAUUUGGUAAUAACAUGGGAGCCUUUAAAAGGUUUUCAGUCUAAUGGACCAGGGCUUCAGUACAAAGUCAGCUGGCGCCAGAAAGAUGUUGAUGAUGAAUGGACAUCUGUUAUAGUUGCAAAUGUAUCUAAAUACAUUGUGUCUGGUACACCAACUUUUGUUCCAUAUGAAGUAAAAGUGCAAGCUUUAAAUGACUUGGGGUAUGCACCAGAGCCAUCAGAGGUGAUUGGACAUUCAGGGGAAGACUUGCCAAUGGUUGCUCCAGGCAAUGUGCAGGUUCAUGUUAUUAACAGCACAUUAGCAAAGGUGCAUUGGGACCCAGUUCCACUAAAAACUGUGCGAGGACACCUUCAAGGAUACAAAGUUUACUACUGGAAAGUGCAGAGUCUAUCCAGAAGGAGUAGAAGACAUGUAGAAAAAAAGAUCUUGACUUUCAGGGGAAACAAAACUUUUGGAAUGUUACCAGGGCUGGAGCCCUAUAGUUCUUACAAGCUGAAUGUUAGAGUUGUUAACGGUAAAGGAGAAGGCCCAGCAAGCCCAGACAAAGCGUUUAACACCCCUGAAGGAGUUCCUAGCUCACCUUCCUUUCUGAAGAUUACUAACCCCACGUUGGACUCUCUGACUCUGGAAUGGGGUUCACCCACGCAUCCAAAUGGUGUUUUGAUAUCAUAUACACUGAAGUUUCAGCCAAUCAACAACACACAUGAAUUGGGUCCCUUGGUAGAGAUAAGAAUUCCUGCCAAUGAGAGCAGCUUGAUAUUAAAAAAUUUAAAUUAUAGCACCCGGUACAAGUUUUACUUCAAUGCACAAACUGCAGUUGGAUCAGGAAGUCAGAUAACUGAGGAAGCAGUAACAAUUAUGGAUGAAGGUAAGAUGGUUCAACCACUUUAUCCAAGGAUCAGAAAUGUUACAACAGCUGCUGCUGAGACCUAUGCCAAUGUCAGUUGGGAGUAUGAGGGACCAGAUCAUGCGAACUUUUAUGUUGAAUAUGGUGUAGCAGGCAGCAAAGAAGAUUGGAAAAAAGAAAUUGUAAAUGGUUCUCGAAGCUUCUUUGUCUUAAAGGGUUUAACACCAGGAACAGCAUAUAAAGUCCGGGUUGGUGCUGAGGGCCUGUCUGGUUUUAAGAGUUCAGAGGAUCUGUUUGAGACAGGUCCAGCAAUGGCAAGCCGGCAGGUAGACAUCGCUACUCAAGGAUGGUUCAUUGGUCUCAUGUGUGCUGUUGCUCUUCUGAUCUUGAUUUUACUGAUUGUUUGCUUCAUCAGGAGGAAUAAGGGUGGCAAGUAUCCAGUGAAGGAAAAGGAGGAUGCACAUGCUGAUCCAGAAAUACAACCUAUGAAGGAAGAUGAUGGAACAUUUGGUGAAUACAGGUCCAUGUCUGCUUGGACAGGAAAGAAACUGGACAAGGAAAAGAAAAGAAAAGGUAGCUGUGCCAAUUCUCCUGAAGCAGACCCUGUCUUUACCAAAGCAAAGUCUGUGAGAUCUGACAGAUCCAACUUCUUCAGAAGGUCAGGGGAUCAAUACUCCAGCACCAGAUCAGAGACCUCCUACACCAGGAGGAGGGCUAGGCAGUCUUCAGAGCUCACGAGGGUUCGUUCUGUCUCUGCUUCCCUCUGCCGAGAGGAAAGGAGGUCAGACGAGUGGAAGUACAGGCAUGGCUCUAGACAUCAUGCUUCUGAGCAACAGAUACUGGGGUCGGAGGAGGGCUCAGAUUCUCAGGCAGGACAGCCAUCCCCUUUCCAGCCACCUCUCAGCUGCAACUCAGUUGGUGGCUUACUGCCAAGGCAGCAUUCUUCUCUCCAGCACAGCCAGACCCCAGACUGCAGCUCAGAUUCAGAAGACACUCAGAGCUCCUGCCACAGGAAGGUAAGACCUUCUACUACUACUCACUUCUCUGAAUCUGAAAAGAAUUCACUAAUGAAAUCUGUGAUCUUGCCUGAGCUGGCCACUGUCUUAAAGGAUGCUUUGACAGCAGCCAGACAAAGCAUAACGUCUGUGGCACAGGCUAGGCCUCAUUCACUAAAGCAUCCCAGGGUACCAGUCGUAGAAGUUCCACUGGUUCCUUUAGAAGCAUCUGGGAGCAGUUCACAGACUUCUGAGUCUGAUCAUAUGGACAGCUUAAAAGAUCAAACAGCUUCUGGGAAGGAGAAACCUGAGGCUGACAAGGCCUUGCAGGUUGAAUCAGCCCCUGAAGAUGGGGAGGUGGCAUCUGAGUCCCCUGCAGAAGAUCCAGAAGGACCAGAUCCCCUGCGUAAAUUUGACAUGGAGAAUCAGAAUUAUCUGUUUGAACACAUAAAGAGAGUGCUAAUGCUAAAAUCUGCCAAAUCUGAAUGUGCUUCAGAAGAACUGCUUAUCCCCUCUGAAGAAGGCAAGUUUGAUAAUGCACUUCCUGUCCAUUCAGCCGUGGAAGAUCUUGUCUGGAAGAUUUGGGGAAAUCCUGAAGGCAAGCAUGAAGCCUCACCAGUCCUAUGUAAGCUCUAUCCUUUUCCAGUGGAUAAAGCUGCAUUGUGGGGGACCUUGCCUGAGGUAGACAGAGCACUGGUUACUGGUGAUUCUGUACUGUCAGUACCUGAUAAUUCAGAGGCUCUCCCUAAAGAUCCUACUGAUAGAAAGAUUGAGGAAGCAAUUAAAAGAUCUUUCAAGCUAGUUGCAGCCCAGCUUGGAGUAUCUAUCUACUGCACUUAUGCUUCUAAAGCUUUACUAAUAUGGUUGGAGGAAGAACAAGCCAGAUUCAAAAAGAAAUGGGUCCCAUCUGGUGCCGUGCAGAGGAAACACAGGCUGUGUAAAAUUGCAGCUGAUUUUAUCCAUGAUGCAGCUGAGGAUUCUCUCAGCCUCACUGUUAAAAAUGUGGCAUGCCUCACUAUAGCCUGGAGAGCUCUAUGGCUGCGUCCUUGGAGCUCAUCGCCAGAUCUGAAACGUAAACUGCUGUCUUUACCGUACACAGGGGGCAAGCUGUUUGGUGACUCCUUACUCCAGAUCAUGAAGGAGUUCUCAGAACACAAACACUCCUUACAUCAGGUGAAAAAGAAGAGCUCUGUUGGAAGCUCUUCCUGUUCUCCUCACAAGUGUCUGAGCUCCUUGCGUUCUCCUCCAAAGUUCAAAGGAGGAAAGGGAAAGUAUAAAGUCUCACAAUCAUUUCAUGCCAAGUAUGAAAAGACAUCUCACUUUCAGAGAGAUACCAGACCAUCAAGAGGAACUUUCUAAGAACACAGACUUGCUUCCUAGUUUCUCAGGAACUGAGAAGAGUGAAACACAUAGAAAUGUUUCAAUAUUUCUGGACAAAUAAACCCAGUGCUUAGAAAAUUAGUUGUUUCACAGUAAGAUUUAAAUUAUGAAGUUAAUAAGUCUUAAUGGCUAAUUAAGAUAUUCUAGAGAAAUCAUAGCUCUCAGUUUUAGGGGAGGACUUUUUCACAUUUCAUUUCUGGGCUUCCUAAUGGUGUUGGGAUGGUUUGGAUUUGUUUGAAGUUUUGCACUCCUCAACUUCAACUAAGAGAAUACUUUCUGCGUGAGAGUUGGUUGGUCUGCAGGACCAGACAACAUCAGAUUUUUCUGCCAUACUGAUCUAGUGAAGGAAAUAAUGCUUUAGGAAAUGAAGGUGUUUCAGGAACCAUGGAAUGAUUGUGGAUGCUGUAUUCCUGUGACUGGCUGGAUUCCUUAAUUUUUACAUCAAAAAGGAAAACAGUGCCUCUGGAGCAAUCUGUACUGCAUUCUCAGUGGUUUUCUGAGUUGCAGAAGACUGAGACAAUAAAUUGUGGACAGUCAUUGUCUGCACUAAGAAUCUGCAAGAAACAGAAUAACAGAGAUGUAUGUUGAGGUUGGCGUAGGUGUAUAAAUCAGCCUAAAUUUUCCUCCUGGUCCAUAAAUCAAGAGAAAUUAAGAAGUUAUGACAGCUACAGACCCAUGGGUUCAUGGGUAGGAAGACUGGAAGCAAGCACCUACAAGGGAAGAACAAAAGUCCAGUGGUCUGCAGAAUGUUCUUAGAAGAUAAAACAGGACAAGGCAAUUACAGUAGUAGGAUUGGUAGUGUGGUAACACAGGAUAUUUGCACAUUUUGGUGAAUUAUUUUGCCUCUAUUCUUCAAUAUUUUGACACACAGUAGUUUUCCUAGAAAUUCUAGGAUAUGCUGUGAGACACUGUGGCAGAGAGUUCUGGGAUUGCUUGGUAAUAUAUUACUCUUCCUUCUUCUGAGUUGAUUAAUAAUGAAAAUAAAGUUUGUAACUACAACUGUGUAGUUUUUUCUCUUGUAGUUACUUGAGUUGCAGCUUAGGUGUGUUUCCAUAGGGAUCUAGCCAUGAUCUGUGCCUCAGGACUGUAAUUCUAAGCUUUGACCCUUCCAGAACAAGAGAUUAUCUCAAUGGACUGCCUGAGGAACUGAAUAGUCCAGUUUGAUUUGACAGUGGUCUUACUGUAUUCUAAUUUAUGCACAUGUACUGUCUUUGAAAAUUCUUGUUUUAAUUCUUGAAUACUUCUGUGAUUAACAACUUUUCCAAAUCAUUGCUUUUUAAAGCCAGAGCUUCAUCACCCAGUUUGUCCAGCUUCAGCCAGGAUUGAAGUUUGAGUAUUACAGAGAUGUUAAUGAAAAACGACUCAGAAGACUAAUAUAGGUGUGCUUAAGUCUUAGCUAAAUAAGAAAUAGUAAAAUGGUUUGAAGUCUGGAUUGACUCUAAUAAUAUUAGGACUCACAGUCCUAAUAAUUUAGGAGUGUGAGCAGAAGCCUGUUAGGUAUAGGGACAGAUUUUCCUGGAGUAUGCAGGGAAGCCGUAGUGGAAGGUAUUUCUGUGGCUCUGCCUGAUUGUUUUUACUUAAACGUUUCUGGGCUAUUGACCUGAGGUCACAGAACAAGGAAUUUACUGCCAACAGUUUUCAUCUUCUGCAUCCACUUUCUGUGUCUCAUAGCCCACAGUGCUUUAGCCACUUUGUUUCAUGUUGCCUUUCACCUGACAGUUGUGCUAUAAGGAAAAGUAGUAUAUUGCUAACCAUAUAUUGAGUCUUUUUGCAUGUCUAUGAAUGUGGCAAAGUUUAGUUGGGAACUAGUUGCCUGCUGGACUGCAGAGGCAUCGUAAAAGUGUCUUCCCCAUUCUGACUGGUUGCUGCAUGUACCCAUAUCUAAGGAAGAAAAAUUGAAAAGUUGAAAGAAGAAAGGAGAUUUCAAGGUACAUAUUUCUUUCAAUAACUGAUAAGCUUGUGAAAUGGAAUUUCUUUUUUUAAACAAAUAAAUUUGUACUUUGCACUUAUAUUAUUGUUACUUUCAUACUUCUUAUAUCUCUUAAUAAUUAGCUUCAAGUUUGGUAUGUGUU